AUGUCAAUGUACGCCAUGUCGCAACAUCAAUACUCAUAUCCACCCGCGCCGGCGCCGAGGCAGUACUCGGCACACGGGACCAGCAGUGCUUUCUCCAGCUCAGCCAACCCUGAUGAGGAUUGGACCAAGAUAUCGGACCUUGCCGAACGCAGGAGGAUACAGAACCGAAUUGCCCAGCGCAACUACCGCAAGAAGCUCAAGAGGCGUCUGGAAGACCUCGAGAGGCGCGCCGGUACCUCGGACGAUGCAUCUUCUCCCACGGGAAGUGACAAGCAGUCGCAGUCCGGUAGCACGCGGAAUACCAAGAAGACGAGUUCCUCUAAGGUGCAGAAGCCCACCGCAGCUCCGCACAAGGCCGUCCAGCCUCAAUUUACACCUCCGAUGAACCAUGACGACGAAAUAAUAUUUAGCCAGUCGUAUGACGACCGAGAGCGGUCUCACACGCCGCCGUUCAUGCCCUACUCGGCCUAUCCUCCUCCCGACGAGAUGGUUCUACCCCCGUACAACUCGGCUCAGCCUUACCAUCACCCAAUUACAACCGGCGAAGGCUAUCCCAGCUACAUAGCUGCGAAUGUUCCCUGCACGCUUCCUCCCAUGACACACUUCAAUGAUGCUAUCAAGAGGGAAGCGACAUAUCCAGAAGAGACCAUGUCUCCGUACAUGAACUACGGCUUCGUACCAGGAAUGGAUGUCCACGGCCAAAAUUCGUACGACCACUCCAACCCUCAUACUCCACCGCUUUCACACUCAUACGAACACUCGGCGAACUGUUCAGAGUCCGGUUAUGACUACCCGACAACACCUCUCUCAAUGCCGGGGUCUCCCGGCCUCGGGCAACAUCGUUCAUAG